AUGCAAAGGCUAAGCCAGACAGCAGCUAUGGUUAUUCAAGUGACAGAAGCUAAUUUGGGGACUGUUAAGUACCGCUACAUCAAUUCAGCAAAGCUUUUUACUUUACAUUUAAAUUUGGUUUAUCCGAGUUUGAGGCCGAAGGUGUUGAAAAACACUGGGAACUCUUGUCACACGACACCGAAACCUGGCAGAGGAACCCUGACCCGCCGGAGCCCGAGAGCUCGUCCUGAUGCUCUUGAGCCUCCCGACCCCCCCUCAGCGCUGGCACGCGGCUUUGAGCCGGGUCCUGAGCCGUGCCGUUACUGCCUCGCAACUACAGCUGAUGCUUUCGUGCGGCACUUGUCGGGCAGAAGUUCUGAUGAAGGUGAAGCCAAAAGGCUGGAAUUGGAAAGAAAACUGAUGGAAUACAGAAGGUCUGACGCAUACCUAAUGAAACUAAAAUACAUGAAGCUGAAAAAAUACUUGAAAGAAAUAGAUGAACGACAAAAAGGAGCUAUUCUGCGAAACCAGACCUUUUUAAAGGAAUUUGACCAAUUUGAAGCUCAUAUGAGAACUUCAAGCACAGAGAUGAUUCAGAAGAUGGCAUGGUAUGGAAGAGAAAUUAAAAGCGUGUUAUCACUUCAAGAGGGUAACUUGUCAGCAGAAGGUGACAAGGAAGAAGAAUACAACGAGCAGGCAUGGUAUGGAAGAGAAAUUAAAAGCGUGUUAUCACUUCAAGAGGGUAACUUGUCAGCAGAAGGUGACAAGGAAGAAGAAUACAACGAGCAGAUGCCGUGGGCUGGAAGACAGGCAGGAAUUAGCACUGGGGCAGCCGUGCCAAGAGGACUGUAUCAUCCAACAACAGUCUCUAUGGGCUACCACACAUCAGCCAUCUCGGCCGCCGGAGGUUUGGGCGUGUGGCAGAAACCCACCCAGCCUGCAGAGAGCCGCUUGGUGCCUGGCCUGCCUUUGUGCUCUCCAUCACUUGAAGGACUUGGUCCAGAGAGCAGAAGCGCUGAUUUAGAGAGUGAUGCAUCAGUGGAGGGAGCAGCGCCAUGCGGGGACCUGGCAGCCAGUGAGGAAGGCUCCGAGCAGCUCAUCUCCUCAGCAUCUGAUCCCGAACCAGCCGACCCCGAGGAGGAACGGACGUGGGGGAGCGUCCCAGGACCAAAGCCUUGCCUGAGUAACUGGUGGACUUGUAAGGAGGCGAGCUGGGAGAGCAGCGUUGAGCUGCCAGUCCCCGCGAGUGCCGAUGAGGUGAUGCCAAGCACUCCCGGUGUGCCGCGGGGAACAGCCUCACCAGCAGACGGCCGGGAGCAGGGCAGGGAAGCCCACACUGCGGAGGGCUCCCCACUGCAACCACCAAACCCUCCCGUGGUGCAGGAGGAGCCUUCAGUCAGCUCAGCACCAGACGGGCACUGCGGGAUGCUGGCCGGACUCUCCCGUGUGCUGCAGUUGAUAGAAGACAUGGUGGUGAGGAUGAGCCCCCAGCACUGGGCGCCGUACCAGGGCGAGCACGUGGGGACGAUGGGGACGGCGGAGCUGCUCAGCUUUUGUAAUCGGGCCGGCAGUCUGAAAGAAGACGACCUUGAAGCAUGCGAAGCAGUCGUCCUUCAUCAGCUUCGGGCUUUAUUACAGAGCAUGCUGAAUGGAUGCCUCCUACCUGAGAAAACACUCAAUGCUAAAGGUAGAGCAGCAGAUGAAAAGCAAACCAGGGCAGACCAGCAGUGGGACGUGGACAUGCUGCAGACUUGCUUGAGCAACCACGCCUUGUUCUUGAAAAAGCACCAGGUUCAGCUCACGGAAGAAGUGGCGGAGAUGUUUGAAAGCCUGCUGGUUUCCAGCACGAAGGCGCAGGAUGGCCAGGCUCUACCGGUGUUGAGAGAGGUCCUUCCAGAAGAGUGUGGGGAUAGGUCAUCUAUUCGGAGUAAUGAAUCAUCUUACAGCUUGCCAUCGAUCCCAAAUGACGGCGGGGAAAUAAAGCAGGCGAAACACGCUCCCCGGCUCGCCGGCGCGGGAGAACAAGAAGUCACAAGCUGGUGUGAAGAUGAGAGCAAGGAAGAAAGCGCGGUCGAAAAGAUUCCUAUUACAGGUUGGGACAGUGGCGAUAAUCGUUCCAAAGCAAAAGCAAGCCAAGAAAUGCAUUCGGAAACUAGUUCGUCAUCGAAUGAAAGAAGUCCUCCCUUCUCAAGGACUGAAACCAGGAAGGGAAUGGUAACUGCUAUAAAAUCCAAAGCUUUCUGGGGCGAAUCUGACGACAGCAGCUCCGAGAUUGAGGCUGCUCUGCGCCCACAGACUCGGGGCACAGAAGCAGACGAAUUUGAUGACUUCUAUGAUUAAGAUUCCCCUGAACGCUUUUGGGAAGAAAUGAACAAUAUCAUCUUGUACAUAUUGAGAGUGCUGCUGUCGAAAGCGCAGCUCAUCACUUUAUAGUCAAAGAAAAUUUAAAUACAAAAUAAAUAUUACU